AGUAAUUGUUCCUGUUCUCUUUCUUAAGUCAUUUGAAACACUGUCCCAGCUCCUUCUUUAAGUUCACUGCAAUCUGUACACAAGAGAGAGAGAGAGAGGGAGAGGGAGAGAGUGCAUGAAAGCAGAAAGCAGGUAAAGAAAGAGCUUGGUGCUGCAGCAAUUCAGACCUCAGGAGCUGGAAGCCCCCAACAAUGCAGAACGAGUCGAGGAUGAUCAAAGAUGAAGACGUGUGUUUUAACAUGGGCAUGAAAAGAGCUCCGCCAUUCCCCCAUUGCCUACAGUUGGGAGCUCCCAGGAUGAAAUCCCACCAGAGACCGCCCUUUGCCGAAGAGUUCAGGGGGCCCUUUGCGCAAUUUCGGUACGAACCUCCUUCAGGAGACCUGGAUGGAUUCCCAGGAAUCUUGGAAGGAGGUGGGUCUCGGAAACGGAAGAGCAUGCCCACCAAAAUGCCCUAUAACCCCCCUCCGGCCGACGCCACGACUUCCCACCAGUCGGAGAAGGACAAAAGCCACGGCCUCCCUUUGCUCUUCCAGCAGCCCCCCGCCCCUAAGUACGACGCUCAGAUGAUCGACCUCUGUAACAUCGGCUUCCAGUUCUACCGCACCUUGGAGCACUUGGGGGCCAAGCCCAUCAAGCAGGAGCCCCUCAAGCCCAGCACCAUGUGGUCCCCACCGCCUCCGUCACCCUUCCUAUCCACGCCAUACCCCUACUACCCCAAGGUCCACCCGGGCCUGGUGUUCCCUUUGUUCAUGGCUCCCCCGGGCUUUGCCUACAGCCGCCAUUCCUUCCAGCCCAAGCAUCCAGCCCAACCAGCUGUGCCCGCGAAAGCCGAGAGCCAGGAGAGCGAGGAAAGCAAGCAGAAGGUGGAGCGGGUGGACGUCAACAUCCAGAUCGAUGACAGCUACUACGUGGACGUGGGCGGGGAGCAGAAGCGCUGGCAGUGCCCCAUGUGCGAGAAGUCCUACACCUCCAAGUACAACCUGGUCACCCACAUCCUGGGCCACAGCGGCAUCAAGCCCCACGCCUGCAGCCGCUGCGGGAAGCUCUUCAAGCAGCUCAGCCACCUGCACACCCACAUGCUGACCCACCAGGGCACGCGGCCCCACAAGUGCCAGGUCUGCCACAAGGCCUUCACGCAGACCAGCCACCUCAAGCGGCACAUGAUGCAGCACAGCGACGUGAAGCCCUACAACUGCAGGAUCUGCGGCCGCGGCUUCGCCUACCCCAGCGAGCUCAAGGCGCACGAGUCCAAGCACGAGAGCGGCCGGGAGAACAUCUGCGUGGAGUGCGGCCUGGACUUCCCCACCCUGGCCCAGCUGAAGCGGCACCUCACCUCUCACCGCGGGCCCAUCCAGUACAACUGCACCGAGUGCGACAAGACCUUCCAGUACCCCAGUCAGCUCCAGAACCACAUGAUGAAGCACCAAGAUAUCCGGCCCUACAUCUGCUCUGAGUGUGGGAUGGAGUUUGUGCAGCCCCAUCACCUCAAGCAGCAUUCGCUCACCCACAAGGGUGUAAAGGAGCACAAAUGUGGCAUCUGCGGGCGGGAAUUCACCCUGCUGGCCAACAUGAAGAGACAUGUGUUGAUUCACACCAAUAUUAGGGCCUACCAGUGCCAUCUAUGCUUCAAGAGUUUUGUGCAGAAGCAGACGCUGAAAGCCCAUAUGAUCGUGCACUCGGAUGUGAAGCCUUUUAAAUGCAAGCUGUGUGGAAAGGAGUUUAACCGAAUGCACAAUCUCAUGGGCCAUAUGCACCUGCACUCAGACAGCAAACCUUUCAAGUGCCUCUACUGCCCCAGCAAGUUCACCUUGAAAGGGAAUCUGACCCGCCACAUGAAGGUCAAACAUGGAGUCAUGGAGAGAGGAUUUCACUCUCCAGGUUUUGGAAGAGGAAGAAUGGCCCUUUCCCAGACAGUAGGGAUGUUGAGGAGCUUGGAGCAAGAAGAACCUUUUGACCUUUCACAGAAACCUCGAGAAAAGGGUACCCCCUUUCAUUCUGAUGGCGAGAGUGCCAAGGGAAGCUCAUGCCCUGAAGAGGAGGAGGAAGAUACCUACGAGCCUGAACAAUACAGCCCUGGUACGUACCAGCAAAACAAGCGGCUGUACACGCCCCAGGACCUGUCUAGAAAAACUGAGCAAGUGAUGAAAACUCUACAAGAGUCCUAUGGAGAAGAGAAGGAAGAUGCUCUGAAAGAAGCCUUGGAGGAGAAAGGGAAAGACGGCUUCAGUGCAAAAGGAGGUCAGGAGAGAGACUUUGCUUGCUUAAGGGCUUUUCAGAGUGGCAGGCUCGAGCCUUCUUUUUCUGAUUAUCUUUACUUUAAGCAUAGAAAUGAGAGUUUAAAAGAAUUACUGGAGAGGAAAAUGGAAAAACAAGCGAUGCUUUUAGGUAUCUAAAUGGACAGUUUCAAAAUUACCUUUUGGAAAAUGAGAACCAGUUGGUUCAGAUGCAGCUUUUAGCAGGAGCUAUAAUUUGCUGGGGACUGCCCAUUUGGGCAGCUCCUUAAAGAUGAUUGGACUAAAUCAAUAAGAACAAAACAAUUUAAGGCAAAGUAAAUGCCUUGCAGGUGGUCUGUUGGCUUUCAGAUCAACAGCACACUUUGGAGUCUUCUCUUCAGUAUUAUUAUAGUCCCUACUUUUAGAACAGUGUAAUAUUCCUAUGGAUAUUUAAUUGCAAGUGGACUCUCAGUUGGUUACAGGGAUCUUAUUUUCCUCUUUCUAAUAUUUCCCAUAUGCAUCACACCCAUACCAUUUCUUUCUAGUUGCCAAAUAGCAACAGUUCUUCAGGUAUUAACUUACUAAUUGUGAUUUAGUAACAAAUAGACAUGGUAGAUCUCAAGAAAAUAUUUUCUUCCAAAUAGACUAAAAUAUCAUUAAGUGCAUAUAUGACAAUAGCAUUUAAUAAUUUUUAAGAAGAAACUUUCCAUACUUACCAGAGAUGACUACAAUAACUCAAGAGAUAGUCGUGGGAUCUGGAUAUUCCCAAAAUAUUGCUGGAAGGGUGAGAUGAGAUCUAAGAUAAGAUUUCUUUAAGUUGUCAAGUGUCUGAGAAGUUGGAUUUAGAAAAAUAACAAAACCCAAAAAACUAAGUUCCUAGCUAUAUAGACUCAUGUCCUACUCCUCCUGCUCCUUUUUGUAAGGGAAACUUGAACUCAAAAUCUUCAUGGUCUUCCAAUAAUACAUCAUGUGUUCUGGAUCUCCAGUACAUGCACUAGCUAUGGAAUCCAACAGGUUCUAGGCCCAGCUUUGGUCACUUGAUACUUGGUUAAAACUAGGAAAAUCUUUCUCUCUCUGGGUCUUACUUUUCUCAUCUGUAAAAUUGAGAGUAUAGUACUGGAUGAUCUCUAGGUUCCUUGUAGCAUUGAAUCCUAUGAUCAGAGGAUCUUGGGGAAUUUGCCCACCAUCACAUCUAAUCUUUAUGCCAACAAAGUAGAGUGGGGGAAAUGCAUUUUGCUAAUGGAGCAGUAAUUAAUCACCCUUCAGUCCUCUCAAGCCUGGAGCUGGGAAAGAUGUCCUCUCUUGAAAUUUAAGCUCUGACUUUUGGAGAUUUUAUAGCCAGUGGCCAAAAGCCUAACAUAAAUGAAAAUUUGUAGCAUUACUUAUCUGCCUUUGAAACCCUCACCCUAUAGCACAACAAACACUUGUCCCCUGACUUCUGAUUUGGUUCACUCUCAUCAAGAAAGUCACAAAUCUCCAAUUUAACGUCUCUACUUUGUUUUAAUCAUUGAUAGACUAUAUACAUACAUAACACAUCUAUAUUAAUAUACAUGUAGAGGUGUGUGCAUUAUAUACACAGCUUUUGUGUAAGAGGAUGCUUAUGGUGCUUGUUUUCAUAUGUUUUGAAAAAAUGUAAGAUUCACUUUAAUCAGGCUGAUUUCUAAUUGGACUCUAUGCCUGCAAUUCCACUAGAGCUCUCUGGGCAAAUAUGAUGAUCUCAAGACACUUUCAAUGCAGUAAUAUUUGAAAAUAUAUUUCUUCCUUGCCUAUCUCCCAAGAGAUUGGUUCAGGGUUACAUGAUGUCAGGGCAUUUUUCACAUCUAAACAAGUGCCUUCUACAUUCAGAUACUAAGGGAAGGGUCAAUUACUGCUCAGCAUCCUUCUGUCUUCCACAUCACCAUCUUUGGGAUUCCUAUUUCUCAACAGUUCAUUCCACUGACUAUUCUUAAGUGGAGAGGGGGUGGUUCUAAGAUACAGGAAAUAAUGGCAGUUCAUUGAGAUGGUACAUUUGUUAUGAAAACUCUUCAAAAUUCAACCAAAGAUGUGUUGUUCUUAUGAUGGCAGCAUAACUUUAGAUAGAAUUUCCUGUGGCAGACUUGUAAAAUUCAGUGAACCAGUCUACCUUAAACUCCUCUGCCAUAUCAGGGACCUAUCAUAGUAUGUAUCCAUAAGAUCAUCCCCAUAGUCCACAUCUUCUUUCUCUGUAAUUCCAGAGACAAAUUCCACAGUCAUAAAGAAAUCUGGUACAGGUACAGUGUAUAGUAAACUACUUUA